AUGGCUGAGCGCGGUAUAGCUGUCGCUGUCACGGCUAACGACGUACAUAUACAAUCGAACGCCUUCAAUAUGCGCGCAACACUCCUCUCUCUCCUCCCUCUCGCUCUCGCAGCACCAGUCAUACUCCACCGACAAGCCACGAAGCCCAUAUACUGGCUCCUAGCCGGCGACUCAACCACAGCCACCAACGGAGGCUGGGGCGACGCGUUCCUCUCUACAACCGUCGCGAGCAGCUCCUCGGGGCAUAACUACGGCCACAGCGGCGCGACAACCAAAUCGUUCCGAGCUGGCGGCGACUGGGCAAACGUAACCAGAGACAUUGGCACGUACAAGGAGGACUACAGGGUUUAUGUGACGAUUCAGUUCGGCCACAACGACCAAAAGCCCACCUCUGGCGUCUCCCUAACAGACUACCGCACCAACCUCGCAACCUUCGCCUCCGAAGUCAUAGAAGCAGGCGCAAUGCCCAUCCUCCUCUCUCCGCUCACGCGUCGCACAUUCAACACAACCACGAACCGCGUUAUUGAGAACCUGUCGAACGAGACGGCCAUCACACUCGACGUCGCCGAGGCCAACGACUUGCACGUCAUAGAUCUGAACAAAGCAUCGACGGCGUAUGUGAAUGCGAUUGGACAAAAGGGCGCGGAUACGUAUAACUGGGGUGAGAAUGGUACAACGGGGAAUGAUCGCACACAUUUGAAUCCGUGGGGUGAGGUGGUGUUUGCGCGCAUGGUAAGUGAUUUGUUGGUGGAGAAGUACGCGGAGGAGUUUGGGGAUUGGACGGUGGGGAAUGAGACGUUGAGUGCGUUGAUCAAGGAUGGAAAGGUGGCUUAG